UCUUAUGAAGUAUUCUAAUUUGUUGAGAUAGUGAAUUGGUGGGUUUUUGUUAAAUGUGAGCCAAAAUCAUCACAAUGAAAAGAACCAAAGACUUAAACUACUUCAGUCUGUGUGCAUUGAAUUUAUUUAAUACACGAGUUUCACAAUUUGAGUUGAAUUACUGAAAUAAAUGAACUUUUACACGACAUUCUAAUUUAUUGAGAUGCACCUGUACAUGUCUAUGUAGGCUGUGUAUAAUAUCUACAGCAUGCACUAAAAAGUAUACUUCAUAUUGUUUCGGGGGGUUUUUUUCGUUUUUGAGCCUCACCUUCAGUCAUGUAAACAGAAGCGUCACGAAUCAGAAGUCGCGCGUUACUUCAGAAAUAGAGAGAGAGAGAGAGAGAGCGAGCGAGCGAGCGAGCGCAAAUUCCUCCGUGUUGUACAGGUUAUUAAUAUUUGGUGCUGAAACUUGAAUUGAGCGGAAGAAAGAAAAACAUCGACUUUCGUCGUGGCGUCUUUGUUUUAUAGUUGGACGAGACAUUACUGAGCAAGAGUUUCUCAAGUGACUGGCAUCUUAUCCACAACGCAGGCGAUUUACAUCUGUAUUCUGCUGAAAAACUAUGGCUUUUAUGUUAAAACACAUGGUAGGAGGGCAGCUGAAGGAUCUUACCGGGGGACUUGCAGAAGAAAAAGCAGAAGGAGAAAAGUCAGAAGCUGCAGCGAAAGGAAUGACACAAGAAGAGUUCGAGCAAUAUCAACAACAGUUGGCGGAGGAGAAGGAGGAGCGGGAUGCCAGCUUUGCCCAAAAGAAAGCUGAGCGAGCCACAGUCAGAAGCCACUUCAGGGAAAAAUAUCGCCUUCCAAAAAGUGAACUGGACGAGACACAAAUUCAGGCUGCGGCAGAUGACGUGGAGUUGCCCACAGAGCUGGCUAAGAUGAUCGCUGAAGACAACCAGGAGGAGGAGCACAAGCAGUCUGUCCUGGGUCAGCUGACCAACAUCCAGAACGUCGAUAUUGACCAGCUAAAGGAAAAGGCCCAGUCCACCAUCGAAGACCUUAAACAGUCUGCUGAAAAGUGUGAGGUCAUGUAAUACACAGAGCUGGACUGCUGGUUGAGGAUCUGAUGUUUCCUGAUAUAUAAUAUAGGGAAUAAAUCUGAUCCAUGAACAGCAUUCCUAUAAUAAGAUGAAUCUCUGAUUCAUGAAAGACAAGCUCCUUGCCAAAGCCAAGCAAUCAUAUAUAAAUUUGAAGUGUGUUUGUUGAUAUCGCAAAUAAUGUUUGCUAUACUGUAUACGUGUUACAAUUUUUCAUAAUUGUGGCUAAAGGCAAUAAUUAUCAGUUCUUCAGUGUUUAAAUUAGCCAGAAAAUAUUUCAAAAUACAGUAUUCCAGUCUGCUAAAUGCAUAUUGCUAAUAUGUAUAAUAUGUAUUAUUACUAAUGUAAUAUAUAAAAUACUAAAUUGUUUAAAUUAUACAUAAUUUAUGUAUUUGCUCCUUUUUAUGUACUCGGUAUAUUGAUGUAUGUAUGUGCAGUGUGUAUAUGUAACAUACGUUGAUGUUUUUUAUGAACACCAAAUAUAAACUUGUGAACAGUCAUUGUUUAUUUCUCUCAUACAUUUAAAAAAAA